AUGUAUCCUGUAUCCGUGAAUUGCUUUAUGGGGGGAGGGAGGGCUAAUUAUAUAUUUUGUUGUUCCUCUACACUUUGUUCUGUUGUCUGCGCCUGCAAAGGGCGGAAGAGUUACAAUAAAGUUUACAAGCGAGAACCCGAGCCGGGCCUGGCCCGCGCUGCUCAUUCACUCUCCCGGCGCCUUGCAGAGCCGGGGGGAGCCGGUCACCAGGCUCCUGCGCCGGGCGAGGCCGGCCCCGCGCGGAGGGGGCGGGGGCCAGAGGCAGGUGGUACGAGUCCCCGGGCCCAGGGGCGCAGGGGGCGAGGGAGGCGGCCGCGCGUGAUUGGCGGAGAGCGCAGGGAGGGAGGGGAGAAACCCCCUCCCCUCGCGUUCCGAGGCAGCCCAGCCCGGGAGACCUCGGCACCCAGGCCUAGCCGGGGAGAGGCGCCGAGGCUGGUGGCUGCGUCCCCUGCCACCCCCUCUUUGUUUCGCCACCAGAAAUCGCAGUGUCCGACGCCCGCAGGCCGGAGCCCAUGCCUUGGGAGCACCUACGCAGCCUGGCUCCGUCUGCCCUACGCAGCCUGGCUCCGUCUGCGCCCGCGUGUCUGGGGCACUGAGACAGCCGUGAGGCCAGGCUCCCCUCGUUCCUCACCUUGGGAGAACCCGACCGGCUUCCCCUAUGGGCCCCACCGGGCCGCGCCGGCCCGCGUUAAUAAAGACCCGACCUGCCCGCAGCCGGCCGCGCGCGUCCCGCUCCUGCGUUUGUGUCUGGCUCGGGGCCGCGCGGGGGAAGCAGGCGGGGGGCGGCAGCGCCGGCCGCUCGGGGGUUAUUUAUUUUCCCUUCCACUCCAGCCCUUCCUUCCCGAAUCUCGCUUGCAAGCUGCCCCCGGCCCGCGGGGGUCGGCAGCGGCCCCUGAGCCCCCAGCCCCAAUCCUCAGGGCCCGGCUCUCCCAUUCAUUAUUGAUCAUAUUUUAUAAAUCCAACGCCACACAAUUUUUUCCACAUUACCGGGAGCCGUGGGGAGGCCGCCGGGCCAUUGGAGGAAGGGCUGUCACGUGGGCGGGGUCACGUGGUCCGGGGAGGAAAAAGGGGGUCCUUUUUGGUGUAAAUCUGGACUCUAAUUCUGUAAUAUAUCAAGGAAUCUCGUAA